UUUGUAAUCAUGGCGAAGGGAAGCUGCGUGUGUCUGGACGUGGCACCUGUGGGGCACUUCAUCACUGUAGUAGAAGAAAUAAAGUGACUUUAAUAAAAUGUAAAGUUUGGAAAUGUGUCAGGACGAGAAGCUGACUUGUUUUCUGAUAAAACUAUCACUAUAACUGGGGAGGAAAAAGCUUGACAUGUCACUGCUGUGUGUCAGAGUUAAGAAAGCCAAACUCCACGGGCCUCUGGAUAAAUUCAACGCCUACGUGACCCUGAAGGUGCAGAAUGUCAAGAGUACGACCAUCACGGUGCGAGGACACCAGCCGUGCUGGGAGCAGGACUUCAUGUUCGAGAUCAACCGCCUGGACCUGGGGCUCAUCGUGGAGGUUUGGAAUAAAGGGCUCAUCUGGGACACCAUGUUGGGGACGGCAUGGAUUCCCCUCAAAAGCAUCCGGCACUCAGAGGAGGAAGGCCCAGGAGAUUGGACGUUUCUGCACUCAGAGGUUUUGAUGAAGGCCGAUGAAAUCUACGGCACCAAGAACCCGACACCUCACCGGGUGCUCCUGGACGCCCGCUUCGAGCUUCCCUUUGAAAUUCCAGAGGACGAGGCUCGCUACUGGUCCAAUAAACUGGAUAGCAUCAAUACCAUAGGGAUGCACGAUGAGUUUCUGCUGCAGGAUGACGGAGUAAGACGUCCUCUUCCCUCAGCAGCGUCUCAGUGUUCAUUGGACGAUCUAGACAGUGCAAUGGACGAUCGGGACAGUGAUUACAGGAGUGAAACAAGCAACAGUCUACCCCCACGCUACCACACUACAGCUCAAUCCAACUCCUCUGUACACCAGUACCCGGUGGGGCCACGUUUUCCCCAACACCCAGACUCCUGCACAGACUCGGUGCAUAGUUUUGAACUGGACUAUAGAGACCAUCAUCCAAGCAGUCCUGCUGGCAGUAGUCGUUUUGGAUCUUCAGGAAACCUCAGUCAAGCUAGUUCUCCACUUAGUGAAAUGGGCCAGGAGAAUGUAACGGGUUCAGAGCUAAAGGAGUCCUACCACUCAUUCCAUAAUACAGGAUAUCGCCCUCCUGCAAUCGGUCACUACCCAGCCAACAGACAUACCUCUUGGGCAGAGGAUGAGGGGUUAAAAUCUGCUCAACAGAAGGAAAGGGAUGAAAGCAGCAUCUUAAAUAAAGACAAUGUUCCCCAAAUGCAGAAAAGGACAGAAAUAUCUCAAAAAAGUUUCCAGGAUGAUGGAUCUGCGUUGUCUGUCUCUGCUUCUCGAGUGCGCUGGAUAAAAGCCUUCAACAAAGUGAGGCUUCAGCUUCAAGAGGGCCAGGACAAUGGAGACAAUUCCAGACAUGACUGGGUCAAAGAAGGAAGUGGGAGUGGCCUGUUUGGGAUUGAUAGCAUGCCAGACUUGCGGAAGAGGAAACCAAUCCCUCUUGUUAGCGAUGUGGCACUGGUUCAGGCCAGAAAAGCAGGUAUUGCAUCUGCCAUGGCUUCCCGAGCCUCCGUUAAAGACGAGGAGCUGAAGAACCACGUGUAUAAGAAAACGCUGCAGGCUCUGAUCUACCCGAUCUCCUGCACUACGCCGCAUAACUUCGAGAUUUGGACGGCGACGACUCCGACGUACUGCUACGAGUGUGAAGGGCUGCUGUGGGGUAUCGCGCGCCAGGGCAUGAGAUGCACCGAGUGUGGGGUCAAAUGUCACGAGAAGUGUCAGGAGCUCCUCAACGCAGACUGCCUGCAGCGUGCGGCAGAGAAAAGUUCGAAGCAUGGCGCUGAAGAUCGCACGCAGAACAUCAUCAUGGCCAUGAAGGACCGCAUGAAGAUCAGGGAGAGGAACAAACCCGAGAUCUUCGAGCUCAUCAGGGAUGUGUUCAUGAUCAGCAAAACACUCCAUGGCCAGCAGAUGAAGACCGUCAAACAGAGCGUUCUGGACGGGACCUCCAAAUGGUCGGCUAAGAUCAACAUCACCGUAAUGUGUGCACAGGGUCUCCAGGCCAAAGAUAAGACAGGCUCCAGCGACCCUUACGUGACGGUCCAAGUGGGAAAGACGAAGAAGCGCACCAAGACCAUCUAUGGCAACUUGAACCCAGUGUGGGAGGAGAAGUUUCACUUUGAGUGCCACAACUCGUCAGACCGCAUUAAGGUGCGCGUGUGGGAUGAAGACGAUGACAUCAAGUCCCGGGUGAAGCAGAGGCUGAAGAGGGAGUCUGAUGAUUUCCUGGGGCAGAGCAUCAUCGAGGUGCGAACACUCAGUGGAGAGAUGGACGUCUGGUACAACCUGGAGAAAAGGACCGAUAAGUCGGCGGUGUCUGGUGCUAUCCGUCUACAAAUCAGUGUGGAAAUUAAAGGAGAAGAGAAAGUGGCUCCGUACCACGUGCAGUACACGUGUCUACACGAGAACCUCUUCCACCACACCACAGACGUGCUCGGUCAGGGUGCGGUGAAGAUCCCGGACACUCGCGGUGACGACGCCUGGAAGGUCUAUUUUGACGACGUGGCUCAGGAAAUAGUGGACGAGUUUGCAAUGCGUUAUGGGAUCGAGUCCAUCUACCAGGCCAUGACGCACUUUGCUUGUCUUUCAUCUAAAUACAUGUGUCCUGGUGUUCCUGCUGUGAUGAGCACCCUGCUGGCCAACAUUAAUGCCUUCUACGCUCACACCACCGCCUCCACCAAUGUCUCCGCCUCCCACCGCUUCUCCGCCUCCAACUUCGGGAAAGAAAGGUUCGUCAAACUCUUAGACCAGCUGCACAAUUCCUUGCGCAUCGAUCUCUCCAUGUACCGCAAUAACUUCCCUGCUAGCAGUAAGGAGCGUCUGCAGGACCUGAAGUCCACUGUGGAUCUGCUCACCAGCAUCACUUUCUUCAGGAUGAAGGUGCAGGAACUGCAGAGCCCUCCGAGAGCCAGCCAGGUGGUGCGAGACUGUGUGAAAGCCUGUCUCAACUCCACCUAUGAUUACAUCUUUAACAACUGCCAAGAGCUCUACAGUCGCCAGUACCAGCCUGGAGGAGAAACGAAUAAAGACGAAUCUGCUCUAGAAGAACAGGGUCCGAGCAUCAAGAACCUGGACUUCUGGCCCAAACUCAUCACACUGAUAGUUUCAAUUAUAGAGGAGGAUCGCAACUCUUACACACCUGUCCUCAACCAGUUUCCUCAGGAGAUGAACGUAGGGAAAGUGUGCGCCGAGGUGAUGUGGGUUCAGUUCUCACAGGAUAUGAAGUACGCCAUGGAGGAGCACGAGAAGCAUCGUCUUUGUAAGAGUGCUGACUACAUGAACUUGCACUUUAAGGUGAAGUGGCUCUAUAACGAGUACGUAAAGGAUCUUCCUGCCUUCAAAGGAGUGAUUCCAGAUUACCCCAUGUGGUUCAUGCAGUUCGUGCUGCAGUGGUUGGACGAGAACGAGGACGUGUCCAUGGAGUUCAUGCACGGCGCCCUCGAGAGGGACAAGAAGGAUGGCUUUCAGCAGACAUCUGAGCACGCUCUGUUCUCCUGCUCCGUGGUGGAUGUGUUCACGCAGCUCAACCAGAGCUUUGAGAUUAUUAAGAAGCUGGAAUGCCCUGAUCCCAAAGUCAUGGCCCUCUACAGUCGGCGCUUCGCCAGGACCAUUGCUAAGGUCCUGCUGCAAUACAGUGCCAUUUUGAAGAAGAGUUUUCCAUCCUACUGUGACAAGGAGAAGAUUCCCUGCAUCCUGAUGAACAACGUGCAACAGCUACGAGUUCAACUCGAGAAGAUGUUCGAGUCCAUGGGAGCUAAACAGAUGGACACAGAAGCCAGUGACACCCUCAAUGAGCUACAGGUGAAGCUGAACAACGUUCUGGAUGAGUUGAGCUCCACGUUUUCAAAUACGUUUCAGAGUCGUAUUGAUGAGUGCACACGGCAGAUGGCGAGUCUGCUCUACCAGAUUAAAGGUCCAGCAAACGCCAACAGCCGAAACCAAGUGGAGGCCGAUUCGGACAACAUGCUCCGCCCCCUCAUGGAUUUCCUGGAUGGAAAUUUGAUGCUGUUCGCCUCGGUGUGUGAGAAGACCGUUUUGAAGCGGGUUCUGAAGGAGUUGUGGAGGAUCGUGAUGAACAGUCUGGAAAAGACCAUCGUCCUGCCACAAGGCAACGACAGCUUUGGCAACAUAUUUUCCGCAGCCAAAGAUCUCGGCCAGCUCUCCAAGCUCAAGGAUCACAUGUCCGGAGAAGCCAAAAGCCUCACGCCUAAGCAGUGUGCGGUCAUGGACGUGGCUCUGGACACUAUAAAGCAAUACUUUCACGCUGGAGGAAACGGGCUAAAGAAAGCCUUCCUGGAGAAGAGCGCUGAACUCUCAUCGCUCCGUCACGCCCUCUCACUUUAUACACAGACCACCGACACGCUCAUCAAGACCUUCGUCACAACACAGCACGCCCAGGGCUCAGGUGUGGAGAAGCCUUUAGGAGAGGUGUCCAUUCAGAUUGAUCUGUUCACUCAUCCAGGCACAGGAGAGCACAAGGUUACGGUUAAAGUCGUGGCAGCGAACGAUCUGAGGUGGCAGACAUCCGGAAUGUUCCGUCCCUUCGUGGAGGUGACGAUGAUCGGGCCGCACCUCAACGACAAGAAACGCAAAUUCACCACCAAAUCCAAGAACAACAGCUGGGCACCGAAAUUCAACGAGACUUUCCACUUCAUCCUGGGGAACGAGGACGGCCCAGACUGUUACGAGCUGCAGGUGUGCGUGAAGGACUACUGUUUUGGCCGAGCGGACCGCGUGGUGGGCGUGGCCGUCAUUCAGCUGCGUGACGUGGCUCAGCGAGCGAGCUGCGCCUGCUGGUGUCCGCUGGGCUCUCAGGUGCACAUGGACGACACGGGGCUGACUGUGCUGCGCAUCCUGUCCCAGCGCUCGGGGGACGAGGUGGCCAGAGAGUUCGUCAAGCUCAAAUCAGAAACACGUUCAGCCGAAGAGGGGAGAUGAGAACCUCGAGAACCUCAGUGCAGUGAUGAAGGAAUAUAACAGUGGAUAUAAGUGCUUUCUAUUAGUACUGCAAGGAUCCAUGGGUGAGGAGAUUCACCUGUCCUGUUUCUUGCGUUAUGGAUUUGGAGCAUGGAGGACGAAUUUACCAGGACGUCCUGUCCUUCAGGUCAUCCUCAGAUAGUGUUUUAAAAAGCAAACAACUUCUCUUUCAUAUGAAUACACUCUCUCUCUCUCUAUUUCUCUUUCUCUUUCUUUCACUCUCUCUCUAUCUCUGUUACUCUCUUACUUUCGCAAAGUAAAAUUUGUCAAUUGCCUAGUGUAUGUGUGUGUGUGUGUGUGUGUGUGUGUGUGUAAAUGUGAGUGUGUGUGAGAGAGAGUGUUUGUAACUGAGUGAGAGUGUGUUUGUAAAUGUGAGUGUGUGUAAGUGUUUGUGUGUGUUUGUAAAUGUGUGUGUGUUUGUAAAUGAGUGUGUGUUUGUAAAUGAGUGUGUGUUUGUAAAUGAGUGUGUGUUUGUAAAUGAGUGUGUGUUUGUAAGUGAGUGUGUGUUUGUAAGUGAGUGUGCGUUUGUAAGUGAGUGUGCGUUUGUAAGUGAGUGUGCGUUUGUGAGUGUGCGUUUGUGAGUGUGCGUUUGUAAGUGAGUGUGCGUUUGUGAGUGAGUGUGCGUUUGUGAGUGAGUGUAAGUGUUUGUAAGUGAGUGUAAGUGUUUGUGAGUGAGUGUGUGUUUGUGAGUGAGUGUGUGUUUGUAAGUGAGUGUGUGUUUGUAAGUGAGUGUGUGUUUGUAAGUGAGUGUGUGUUUGUAAGUGAGUGUGUGUUUGUAAGUGAGUGUGUGUUUGUAAGUGAGUGUGUGUUUGUAAGUGAGUGUGUGUUUGUAAAUGGGAGUGUGUGUUAAAUGCGAGUAUGCUUGUGUGCUUGUAUGCUUUGAUUGUGUGUGUGUGUGAGAAGAUCCUCAAACAGUCCACUACACAGGGUCUCUAUUUGUAUUGUACACUUUUUCACUAACUCUUUUCCCCUCGUCAAUGUAAAUGCCUUAUUUUGUCAAACGUGUCGAAUUCGAAGGAAAUAAUUUCUGUAGUUUUAUUCCACUUCUCACUGCGGGUUGAGUUUUUUUUUGUGUGUGUAUUUAUUAAUUUAUUAAUACAAAGUGUUUCUGUCUGAAUAAUACGAUACACAACCCCGAACCCGACUCUGACGUGUCUGAUGGCUAACUGUGUGCCUUCUGAACUACAUCCUACUGCUGUGUGUUUUUCAGACCACGGAUCAUCUUUCCGCUCUCGUUCUCCUCGUGAAAUUUCUUACAAAAUUUAGAGAGCCAUCACAUCACUUAUGUGCAGAUUUGUUACGAUACGUUUUUUUUUUAAAGGGGCCGUGUGGAAUUUUUGCAACCCUCCAGCUAACUGUUAAAAUAACGUACACUACACGUGUUGACCAGGGGGCGGGGCUUAUUUCCAAGUUUUGUAUUUUUUCACACUUUUAAACUUUACAGAUUUCACCUUUAACCUGUUCCACAAUAUUAGGAGAAGCAUUCUCUAUUAGACGAGUGUGAAGGAUUUCGCUCUGUAUUCACAAGCGUUACAAGAUGACCAGUGUUCAAGAUGAUGUUGUGUUUGUUUAUUAAAUAUGUUGGAUAAAAAAAAGUGCCAAAUGAAUAAAACCUGUGAGGACAAAUCUGAACGUUUGUGUCGGUGCAGUAAUGUGAAAUGCAACACUUUACAUAUUCGCACAUGGAUGCGUGUAAGAGAAGUCGACAGAAGAGAAAAAAAACCCAUUCUAAACGAAUCGUACCAAUGGUGAGAUAAUAAGGAAGCAGAGAGGAUGAGACAUGAUGACUGAGACAUGAUAUUACAAUGUCCUCACAUUCUCAUUUGGAGAAGAAGCUUUGAUCCAUGAUGUCCACCCUUUCAUGUUCGAUUCACUUCGAGUCGAUUUGGAAUCACUUUCUCACCGAAGCUCAACCCAGUAGUGACCUCGCUCAGACACACUGACCUGCAUGAAGAACUGCACCGAGGCAGAGAACAAACCGGGAUAACUUUUAAACUGACUGACGUCACAUACGUGAAAGCUCUCGUUCAGAUCAGUUCACUAAACCAAACUCGCCGUGAACAAAUGGAUCCGAUCCAGACGGCCGACGUUCCUGGUGAUCGUGACGUCUCUGAUCUUCUGUGGGCUUUUAAAAUUGUCCCCCUAGUGCCACAGAGACAUGUUUGUGUGCUUGACUUCAGUACAAAGUAGCCUUAAUGAAUGGACAUUGUGUUAAUCAUCAAAUCAUUAAUCGGUUGGUUCAUUCGAGUCGUUUGUGAAGUGAAUCAGAAUCAGUUUUCUUUUUCUUGUAAUUUUUUCAUCCCUAUUUAUUUUAUUAUUAUUAUUAUUAUUAUUAUUAUUAUUAUUAUUAUUUUACCCUAACACACAUUAUGUAAAUAACAUUCAUCACACGAAAGCACUGCCAUCUGAUUACACAGAAAACAAACGAGGAUGCUCGGAGUUCCCGUGAUGGCGACGUCGUGUGUUUUGUUGUAUUGUUGUCCAUAUAUUUGUCUUUGUGACAAUUUUUGCUUUCAGUUUUCAUUGAACGCUUUUUUUCCUGCACCGACAGUAUCUAAAAUAUUUUGACAUUGGAAUGUUGUAUUUUAUCUCGCACAAACAGUCAGUACUAAAAGAAACAUGGUGUCGGUGGCAUUCGAUUGUGUCGAAACUCCAAUAAAUGACUUUUUACA